UGGAUGGCGUUUGAUUUUGGUUGUGUGUUUCAUGCUCGUUUAUUUACUAUUUGACUAAUGUGUUUGUCGGUAUUUAUAAUUGUUAAAAAAGUUCAUUGGGUCUUUAAGUCGUGAGCAAAAUUUCAUACAAACGUUUUUCAUCAAUCGUGUGACGAGUGUUUCGAUCAUCCCGAGUGUUUUGAUGCUCCCGUUUCCGCAGUUGAGCUAAAAAAAAAAAAAAUGGAUUUCACCCCCAAAAGAAGGAAAACUGAGAAACAAGAGAAAAAUGCUCUUCUGGAAGCUUAUCCCCACGACCUGCAGAUGUACAAAGUUCCGCCAACUGGGCAAAUGACGCUGAUUGAGUUUCAAGAUUUGGCUUUUGAAAGGCAAAAAGUUUUGCAGCUGCUGGAAAUCACACAAGCCCAGCAGCACAAAACACUCGAGGAACUCAAGACAGCUCUCACAAGUGCUCUGAAGAAAGAUGGGUUCAAUCACUAUGCCAGACUUUUAAAUGCAACUGGCUGUGCAAGCCACACCGAUCAAGACAUUCAAUCGAGAAGAAAAGAUCACAUAUCACAUUUUAUAUUGCGACUGGCUUAUUCUUUGAAAGAUGAUCUGCAAAACUUUAUAAUUACUCACGAAAGCGAGCUGUUCAAGCUGAGGUUUUCUUCCCUCAACAGGGAAGGUCUGAAUCAGUUUUUGGCUACCAGUAAAAUUCGUUACACUCCAGUCUCACAAGAGUUUAGAGAUGAAAAUAGAGACAACCUGUAUGCAUCAACAUCCAAAGAUACAGAUUUUGAAAAUAUUGAUUUUUAUGAACUGCCGUUUGAUGAAGUUGCAGAGCUGAUAUCUGAUAGAAGAGUUUAUCUGCACAAAGGCAUGGCCUAUGUUCCUCAGCAUGAUCUCAUUUCAGUAUUUAUGACGCACUUUAGAAAUAAUUUGCGAAUUGAACUCAAUAAUGCCAAAAAGUUUGUCUUGAAAAAUUUGGAUGACGAAAGACUGCAAAUAUUCCUCAAAAGUUUGCCCGAAUGCUAUGCAGGUAUGGAGAAAGUUGUUUGGUCAUCAGAAAACACACCAAUCUCCAAAUUAGAAGAUCUGUCAAAAACGUCAUAUCCACUUUGUAUGAGAAUAAUGCACGAUGUAUUAACAACCACACAUCACUUGAAAAAUACAGGGCGUAUGCAAUAUGGACUGUUUCUGAAAGGCAUAGGUGUGACUGUUAAUGAUUCCAUUGAAUUUUGGAGAAAAGAAAUGACCAAGAAGGACGAUAUGAACGACGACAAGUUCGACAAACAGUAUCUGUAUCACAUUAAAUAUAAUUACGGCAAAGAGGGAAGGCGCGUAGAUUAUCGCCCUCAUGGUUGUAACAAAAUCAUAACUACGCCUGUUGGGCCUGGUGAGGUGCACGGCUGUCCUUUUAAGCACAUGGACACAGAUGAGCUAACGAAAAAGCUUACCGAAUAUGGAAUACCUACAACAGAUAAAGCGGAAAUUGCUAGGUUGUCCAGUGAAGGUCAAUAUAAUUUGGCUUGCUUCAAAUAUUUUGAAAGCACUCAUGGCCAGCCUGCUAGCAGGGUGUUUCUUCACCCCAAUCAAUACUUCAACGAGAGUAGAGAGACAUUAACCAAAGAUAAAACGAAAGAAGAGGAAAAAGUUACGCAGAACAGCACUCAAGCGCCGUCAUCUCCCGAGUUGUUUUCACAAACCGUCAGAGUAAAAGUUGACAGCAAUUUAGAAACGAGCAGCUCACACGUUACGCCGUCCCGAACAGCCGAGAAGAAAGUAAAGACAAUAGAUAGGCGCUCGGAAAAGAUGAACCCCGUGAACAUUGAAGCACUCCUGAAUGAUGACAGCGACUGAAGUGUCCCUUGUCGAA